AUUUGCGAUGCGACGCGUGCUGCUACUGACGCUCGCCGUCGGUCUGGCUGCCGACCCAAUACCGACGGUCCUGACCUCGUGCGCCCCGGCCCACGCUGGGCCAGGACCAGAGCCAACCCAGCCCUGCGGCUUCACAACGGCCGCGGCCGCGACAUGGACCAAUGCGUCGCUCGACGUCGACUGGUCCGUGGCGACGACAGCGGUCGACAUUGCGACCAUCGUCGACGCUUCCAUGGGCUACGCGGUGCAAGGCGCGGGGGCCAACAUGACGUGGCUUCCCGCGCGCGUCACGGGUGCCGGCGACAACGUCUCUGUCAGCAUCCCGUCGCCAGCUGCGAAUAGCGUCUAUCGCCUGGAGCUUGUGGCCUUUGUGCACACUACUAUCGAGCGUACAAUCGUGCACGCGAGCUGUCUCGUGGCGGCGCCAAGGAGCUUCGUCGAUCUCCCGCUUGCGGCAGCGUCGUCGGCCGCGCCGUCGUCCGAGUCGGCGGACACGUCGUCGUCGCCGUCACCACCCAAGACGCUUGUCGUCGCCCUCGCCGUCAGUGGGAGCGUCCUUAUCGCGCUCUUUAUUGUUUGUUGCUGGUACCGAACUCGGACAACAUGUCCGAAUGUCAACCCGCCGAUGCCCAUGACGCCACCCGCGCCGCUCAAGUGGCAGACGCAGUCGCUCGGGACGGCCUCGGACCCACGCACCAACUCGUCGGCGCUCAUGCGGUCGUCGCGCGGCCACGCACACUCGACGGCCUCCGAGCCACUGGGCGAUCUCUGGCGCGAGACGGAAGGGAUCCACGUCUACGGCGGGUACAGCCGGCGCAGCAUCCCGCUCGACGAGUACUUCCCGAGUCCAACCCAGAGUUCGAUCGCUACAGCGUACGACGACCCGCGCACGGCGCGCGACUACGACGGGUCGUCGUCCAUCUUUAGCGCCGGCGAAAGCUCCGUGGACCUGCGGAGUACGUUUGGGAGCGACCUCUCGACCCACUCGCAGCCAGUGAUGACGAUGGAGCUGCCGAUCCACGAACGCGUGAAUGCGAUGAACCUGGCCUCGAUGGCGGCGCCGGACUCGGUCAUCCCGCUCUUUGAGGUCGCAGACAGCGCGCUGCUGGAGGCAUCGUUCCCGUCGCACGACUGCGCGAUCGCGUGCGACCCCACGUGGCUUUUCCUCGAGCCGCUCGCACCAGCUGUUCCGACGCCGCCGGUCGUCGCCCCGAAAGCAAGCGCGCUAUCGGGCGAGCGCCGGCGGCUGUGCAGCGACGUCAACUGCAAGAGCCAAGCACGCGCGUUCGGCAAGUGCAAGCGCCACGGCGGCUCGAAGCGCUGCGCCCAUGCCGGCUGCGACAAGAGCGUGCAGAGUCGCGGCCUCUGUAUUCGCACGGCGGCGGCUGCACGGCGGUGGCCGCCCUGCGCCGUCGUCGGCUGCGACAAGAAGGCCCACAUGAAGCAGCUCUGCCGACAGCACGGCGGUGGCGACCGCUGCUCAAUCCCUGGCUGCGAUAAGUGGGUACAGCGCCGAGAUGCAGAUGGCGACGACGAAGAUGAUGGCCUCUAUGCAAGCAUGGAGCUGAGCACGACGUACUGCUGGAAGUUGCGCCAGUCGGACCAAGUGACCGAGGUCCUCGUCGCCGGCCACGGACGCACAUGUGGGCUCACGAUAACGCUCAUGCUGCCGCGACUCCUCACGGGUAUACCCGCCACGGUACGAGGACUUCCGCUGCGUGUCCUGAACAGCGACAAGGUGGCGCCCGCGUGGACCAUCUCGAUGACUCAAGAUCCAGCCAGCGAUGCACUUGGUCUCUCGGAGCUACGCGCUGCAAUGGAGACGACUGGUAUUGCUGGCGUCGAGAUUCUAGCGUCGUUGCUACAGAUACGCUGGGCGCGCAGCCUUGCAGCUUGCGACCUUUUCUCGCCCGGCACGCCCACGCUGGCCGUUCCGCUUGCCGGCAGCAUGAUGAACGGCAGCUCGUGCAUCUUCUCGGCCACGACGCAGCUCGAUCGACCGGGAAUGCACUGUAUUUAUGCCUAUGUGACGCUGCUAUCGUCGACGCCGCUCGAUCUGCGAUUUGACUUUGCCAUCGCCCAGCCGCUGGAGCUUCGCCCAUCCACCGACCGACGGCUUUCAAGUUCGUGGUCCACCGACACGGCGCCAGUAGCAUCGAGUCCCAACGCCAGUGACAAAUGGCUCGUGAUUGCGGCGACCUGCAGUCUUUUUGUGCUCGCGCUGCUAGGUCUUGCUUGUCUCUGCUACAGAAAGCGGCGCAACGCGCUCUUGUCCGGGCCUCGUGCGCCGAGUGACGAGAACGCUGCAUUUGCCUCCACGGUCGUCGUGGUCACGUCCAUGCCCCGAGCCAUGACACACGUUCCCGUCAUCGAGUUGCCAACGCCUUUCGUCUACGAGUAUCCGACGGCCAUGUGGGCGGGAUGUCCCGACGACCGCUUCGACGAUGCCUCGAACGAUACGUCGUUUGCGCUCUUGGCAGCCGACAAAGGCCUCGGGACCGUUACGCGUGUCAUGUAUUCCGGGACAUGGGAAAUGGACCACGCAGCGAGUGUCGUCCGCGCCGCCGCGCACCUCCGGGCGAAGAUGCUGCCGUCGGAGAAGAAGCCGAUGACCAAAGCCCAGCGUCUCCAAGCCAUUCUCAACAAGAAGUCCGAGCAGCGGUCGGCCGAAGAUGUCGAUGUCCUCUUUGAGUGGGUCGUCAAGAACGAAGCGACGUGCAAGCUUUUAGCGACGAUUUGCCGCGAAAUGACCUUGUACAACGCGCCGCCGGGCACAGUUGUGUGCUACCAAGGCGACUUUGGCGACAUCUUUUACAUCGUCCUCACGGGCCAAGUCUCGCUCUACGUGGCGCCCCACGAAGCCCAUACGCCCAUGGAGGACGAGCUGCGCGGCCAGCUCGGAACGUACCCGGACGAGGCCUCGCGCAAGUCGCUCGGCAAGUUCGUCCGCAAGAUUGGAAGCGGUGGCACGUUUGGGGAGCUCGCCGUCCUCGACCCGUCGGCACAGCGGACGUGCUCGGUCGUGACGAACGUCCUGACGUCGUUUAUUUGCCUCAAGCGGGGCGCGUACCACCGCCUGCUCCGCGCGAGCAACGGCGACGAGAUUACCUAUACGCAGUUUGAGUUUAUCGAGGACUUGUACUACUUUGAGUCGUGGUCGCACGGCGACAUCUCGCGCCUCUCCAACAAGUUCAAGCUCCUCACCGUGCCGGCCGACAGCUUCUUACUGCGUCACGGCAACGAAGCCAACGCCAUGUACUUCAUCUUCUCGGGCGUCGUGCAAGAGUCGCUGCCGAUGACGGCGCUCAUCGAUGACGCCGGCUACGUCAUCAAGUACACGCCCGUGGACGAAAAACCGAACAAAAAGUCCAAGGCCACGGUUGCGUCAGAAGAGAGCGUGAUCCAAGCCAUUCACUUUGGCGACCUGCGGCGGAAGCGCGCGAGCUUGGAAACGGCCUUGUACGAAGAGCACGAUGUCUGCGGCGAGCACGCCCUCGUCUUUAACGAAAGCCACAGCAAAGUCGAACUGCGCGCCGUCACAGACGUCAAGGCGCUCGUAAUGGAUCGCGCGACGUGGAACGAUGUGUUUAUGAUCGACCGGCUCGACCACAUUCUGGCGGCGCAGCAGCUCUUCCGAGAGAUGGCUCUCGCGCGAGACAAUUGGCGCCAAACACGCAUCGCGAUUGCAUCGACCCACCCGCGUCUGCUACUGACCAUCUCGACGCGCUCGAUGAUGAAGCAUGCACGGACGAUCUGCGGCUGGUGCGGGUCCCACGACCACAUCACAGGCGACAGUGUGUGCUGCAAGGUCGUCGAGGCCAAGCACCAAGCUGCGAUCCGUAAACAGCGCAAGAAGGAAGCCGACGACCAGCGCAUUUUGGAGGCGAACGCCGACGUCCUCAUGGCUCACAAGCGGACGCCGCGGUUGCUCCAGCAAAAGCUCCGCCUCGCAGUCCAAACGGCGGUCCAUUUGAAGCAGAAUAAAACCGAUCUCAUGUCGCCGCGCGAUCAAUUGUACCGCGACUGGCAGAUCGCCGCGACCAAGCAAAAGGCGAUUGCCGAGGCCCGAGGCGCGUCGCCCAAGCUCCAGGUGCCACCGACGCUCCGCGCAUCCGUCAACUCGCCGCCCAAGCCCUUGCGCCGACUUGGCGCAUCCAAACCGGCCUCGCCGCGCAGCAACAACCAGGCGGCGCCGCGCCAGCUUUUCUUUUUGCCACAUUCCUUCGAUGAGGAACACGUAGCGAGGCGCCCCGAGCUGGUGCCGCACCUGCCGCUCCGCAUGCAGAACGACAUUGCUCAGGAAAACUUGACGGUUGUGUACAAGACGCGUCUUCUCGAGAGUCUCAAGAAAGUGCAGACAAUAGCCGAGUACCGAUCGCGGCGAAUCGAGGUCAUGACGCAGCUCGAGGCGCCGGGCGACGACGCGCCGUUGCCACUGCGGCCGCGCGUGCCACGCAAUCGGCGCUGGCGGCGCGGGCAGCCAACGCGGCUCGAUCGGCGAGUGAACCGCAUGCUACGCAAGCUCUGGCCGGACGAGUUGCCCAAGAUCGAAGAGAGCUUACAAGCCAUCAAGAUUGGCGAAUGAACUCAACAUGUGUCUAUCGGUCGGUCGUCUAGCAACUAGGAGGCG